GAGCUGAGCUGACAGCGCGGAGCUGGCGCUGCAGGACUCAGGGAGCCUUACCGGCUCCUCUGACUGGCGUCUGCGAGUACAACGGCAACUGACCCACUCGGGUUCGGGGAUUUACACAGACGUGGAGCGAUGCUUGUGACUCUGCAGCUCCUCAAAGAGAGGCAAGGGAACCUGGGGAGGGCAGGAGUCCUGCACAUCUCUGUAAGCUGACCAGUGCUGCAACCUUCCUGACAGGCCUCUACGCGGUACAGAGCUGGAAGGACCCCUAGAAGCCUGUCUCUUGGUGCAGUUCAGGACCUCCAGCCUCAUGGAGCCCCCGAUUCCACAGAGUGGCGUCCCUUUGAAUCCCAGCUCAGUCAUGGUGCAGCCCCUCCUUGACAGCAGAGUGCCCCACAGCCGGCUCCAGCACCCACUCACCAUCUUACCCAUUGACCAGAUGAAGACCAGCCACGUGGAGAACGACUACAUAGACAACCCUAGCCUGGCCCCUGCCACGGGUCCCAAGCGGCCCCGGGGUGGGGCCCCAGAGCUGGCUCCUACACCUGCCCGCUGUGACCAGGAUGUUACUCACCACUGGAUCUCUUUCAGCGGUCGGCCCAGCUCGGUAAGCAGCAGCAGCAGUACUUCCUCCGACCAGAGGCUUCUAGAUCACAUGGCUCCACCGCCUGUGGCUGAGCAGGCCUCACCCAGGGCGGUGCGCCUCCAGCCCAAGGUGGUCCACUGUAAGCCACUGGACCUCAAGGGCCCAGCAGCUCCGCCAGAGCUAGACAAGCACUUCUUGCUGUGUGAGGCCUGUGGGAAGUGUAAGUGCAAGGAGUGUGCGUCCCCUCGGACGUUACCCUCCUGCUGGGUCUGCAACCAGGAGUGUCUGUGCUCAGCCCAGACCCUGGUCAACUAUGGCACAUGCAUGUGCCUGGUGCAAGGUAUCUUCUACCACUGUACUAAUGAGGAUGAUGAGGGCUCUUGCGCUGACCAUCCCUGCUCCUGCUCCGGCUCCAACUGCUGCGCCCGCUGGUCCUUCAUGGGUGCCCUCUCUGUGGUGCUGCCUUGUCUGCUGUGCUACCUGCCGGCCACAGGCUGUGUCAAGCUGGCCCAGCGCGGCUAUGACCGCCUGAGACGCCCCGGUUGCCGUUGUAAGCACACGAACAGCGUCAUCUGCAAGGCAGCCAGUGGGGACACAAAGGCCAGCAGGUCCGACAAGCCUUUCUGACACUUUGGAUGAAAAAACCGUGGUCCCUCCUGCCAGUUUCCUGAGGCUGACCUUGCUCAUCUGUCCUCUCCUGAACCCUAGAUUGGGAAGAAACCGGCAGAGAACACUACUGCCUAGCCUCGAGUCCCCAAAAACGAUGAAGAUGU